GUUAAAGUUUAUACGCACACUGAUCCUACCACUAUAGCAUUGUAUGCUAUAUACAAGAAUAAACAUGAUCUUAUAUAUCACUUGAAGUUGUAUGCCAUUGAGAACAACUUUCAGUAUGUGACUAAAACUUCAAGAAAAGAAAGUUUACAUGUUUUUUGUCCUGAUGAGAAAUGUGAGUGGGCUGUUCAUGGUGUUCGUCUUCCUGAUGUGGACUUCUUUCAGAUUCGCAGAUUUGAUUCAACUCAUUCUUGUUCAGUGGAUUUCAGAGAGGGUGAUCACAAGCAGGCCACUUAUGACAUUGUUGCAGGCAUGGUUAUUCAUCGUUACUCCAAUGCUUCUAAGAAACCCUAUCCGCCAAAUGACAUAAUUGACGACAUCCGUAGAGAAUUUGGCAUCUCUUUGUCUUACCGUAAAGCUUUGGCAGUUAAGCGACAUUCAAUGAAGCUUCUCUUUGGAUCCGAUGAAGAGUCAUAUCAAUUAUUACCUUCCAUGUGCCAUGUCAUUGGAAAAGCUAACCCAAAGUCUGUCAUAACUCUUGUUCGUCAUGCUGAUUCUGUUUUCAAGUACAUGUUCAUGUCAUUGUCUGCAUGGAGGGAAGCUUGGGAUCACUGUAUUCCUGUCCUAACAGUUGAUGGUACUUUUAUGAAGGGCUAUUUCAAAGGGACUUUGCUCACUGCCUGUACCAGGGAUGCCAACCGUCAGCUUGUUCCAUUAGCUUUUGGGAUAUGUGAUUCAGAAAACAAGGAUUCCUGGAAAUGGUUCUUUUCAC